AUGGCGGAGAUAGCGCGAAAGACCCCUACAACACUGAGGGAAUUUAUGGACCGGGUAGAUGGGUUCAUCAACGCUGAAGAUAUGCUCGAGGCCCUAAUUGCCCCAUGGCAGUCUGAGAUGGAGCGAGCGGGUCAGAAGGCGUCAGAUGGGAAUCAGCUUGGACUGACUGUAUCUUGCUCCAAUGCCACUCAAGGGCUUCAUGGGGACGUCAUCCAACUAAUGAGAGCCAUCACCCUUUUAGUGCUGGCGGGGAAGGCUCCCAAGACUGAGGCCAUUAUGUCUGACUUCUUAGUUGUCAAGUCACCGUCCUCCUACAACGCCAUACUGGCGUGCCCCACUCUGAAUAGCCUAAGAGCGGUGACAUCCACCUACCACCUCAAAAUGAAGUUCCCCACCGACUCGGGAGUGGGCGAAGUUCGUGGUGAGCAGGUCUUGGCUCAAGAAUGCUACGACCGAGAGCUAAGGCACGAGGCUCUGCGGCAAGCAGACCCCAACGAGCCCUUGGAGCUGGUUGCAGUCGACCAGUCGACACUAGAAUGGAUGGUCCAGAUCGGGACUAAGCUAGACCCGAAAAUGAGGACGGGGCUCAUAUCCCUUUUGAUAGAGCAUCGAGAUGUGUUCGCUUGGAGCUAUGAGGAUAUGCCAGAGAUCGACAACUCCAUCAUUGAGCAUUGGCUUGGUGUCGAUCUGGCGGUGCGAAGAGUCAAGCAGAAGCGGCAAAGCAUUAGCGCAGAAAGGUAUUGGGCGAUCGUCGAGGAGGUUGAAUGUCUCCUAUUAGUAGGGUUCAUCCAACAAGUCCAUUACCCGGAAUGGCUAUUUAAUGUAGUUCUAGUGAAGAAGGCCAACGGGAAGUGGCGAAUGUGUGUAGACUUCACCGACCUGAACAAAGCUUGCCCGACAGUUUCCCUCUACCUCGCAUCGACCUAA